AUGGAGGAUGUUGAUAGACAAUGUUGGUCUAAUACUCCAACAGACAUACUCAGAUUAAUCUCAUCACGUCUUGUUGCUGGUGAGUAUGUUGUUUUUCGUGUUGUUUGUAAGAAUUGGCGUUUGUCACUGCCUGAUCUACAUGAAUAUAGUUAUAAUUCUCCGUUUUCUUGUAUUAAUUCGCCUUGUUUGAUAAGGUUACAUGAGGAAAGUGGCAAUGUAGAAUUCUUUCAUCCACUAUACAAUGCACAAAUGAUUCAGAAGAUGGAUAUACCUGAGUUAAAGGGUUCACGAAUUCGAUGUGCAGUAAAGGAUUGGUUGCUCAUGAGCAAAGGCAAAUUUGGCAUGUUCUUUUUCAAUCCAAUUACUAAAGUUAUAAUUAAACUACCCGAUUUACUAGAGACGGAUGAAAAUUUAUUCCCCUCAUGGACGUUUUCGUGUUCCCCAGACUCAUCAUCAUCAGAUUGUUUUGUGGUUGGUUUUUUCUUUUGUGGUACUCCUCCAAUGGUAUACAUGAUCAAAGUUGGAGAGAGUAGAUGGACUCUUCAUGACUUUUAUGAUGAAGUAGAAGGAAUAAACUUUAUGCCUAAUAAUCCGGUAUAUUCUAAAAAUAAUAACAUUGUUUAUAUGUUGGGACAUAAAGGAACUUUGGGAAUAUUAAGGAUCAACGGAAACUCAACUACAGAGACUCCUACUUGGGAAUUUCACGGGAAGAAAUUGUCACAUCGAAAACAAAUUUCAAUUCAACAGGUUUUCACAGCAGAAGACACUGAUAAUGGAGGAAUAUUAGUUGUGUUUAUAACUCAUGAGGAAGGGAAAGUAGAUAUUUGGAGGUAUAAAAUGAACGGAGAGGAAUUGAAGAAAGAAAGAGUAACAAGUUUAGCAAAAAAAACUCUGUUUGUCAGCUUUGGAGUUUCGUUUUUGAGAUCAUGUGUCGCACAGGGAUUAGGAAACAAGAUAUAUUUUCCAAUGUUUCAGGAUAACAACAAAAGAGUUUUCUAUUGUUUGGCCAAACACAAAUAUUACUCUUUUAAUUACUCAAGCCCUAAUUAUUUCAACUUGGUUCAACCAAUACUUAGCUUUUGGAUUCAACCCUCGUGA